CAUUUUCUGAUAAUUAAUUAAAAAAAAUGAUACUUGUAUAUCAUCACACCAAUUGUGUUCUGUCGUCAUUUCGAACAUCUCAGCUUGCUUCCUUUUGUUUUUUUACUCAAUCAAUUAUCGUUUUAAACACUAUUCUAGUUUCGAAUAACGUGUUUAAUUACCCAUAUCGUAAAAAUAUUUAUGCAUUUCACUUUAACAAAUACGAAAUACAUGGUGUUACCGGAAUUCAUGCAAUCUAAAAUCCAUAUGUUUUAACCAAAGCAAUCUAAAACCGAUUACCGACAGCUAGCUCCUCUGGAUAUCGUUUUCUUAUAACUUUAAUUAAUAGCAACUCGACAAGUUUAUUUUACUAUGGGUCGUGUCGACUCCAGCUGGUUCUGUGUCAACUACAAAUUUGAAGUUUUAGCUAGCACAUCAUGUACAAUAAUCCCAAACCAUCCCAACGAAGAAAUAUGUCAAAAUUCAUGACUUGUAUAAAGAGAGAAAAAAAGAUGUGAAUUAAACACCCAAAAUAAAUGAAGCUAAAACGGUAAUCAUCAUUAAUAUAGAAGCUUCUUUAAUUAUUUAGCCCACAGAAUAAUACCAUAUUUAACAGUUUUGAGUUUGACGCAAACACAACACAUAUAAAGCCUUGCAAUUGCUUGCUCUCUCAAGUCAAGUUUAGUUUCUCUUUCUUUUCUUCUCAAAAGGGUUUGUGGUAUUAUGGCCUCAAAGUCUUUGGCCCCAAGUUGAAAUUCAACAGGAAAUUGAAUUGAUAGCUUCUUCAUAUGACAUUUUCCAACCAUGGACUUUACGCUAGCUUGUGAUCCUAUAUAAAUAUUUAUUUUAUUUUAUUUGUUUCCAUUCCCACAAUACAAAUCAGUUAUUGUCAUCGUUUAAUUAAGUAAUUAACUGGCUUCCAAUUCCUUAGCUAGAGAUUAAACUAUAGAUUUGAAUUUAACCAGCAGCUAAUACGAAAGUCAUACCAGUAGCUAGGCACUAGGGUUUUUUUCACACACCUUUUGAUUUCCAUACAUGUUUGACUAAUUGUCAAUUUCUGUAAAACUAUCCCACUAAAAAAUCUCAUCUUCAAAGUCAGCUUGCACUAUUAUUGGAUCAUCAUCAUCAUAAUAACUUUGGUUGUUAGAAAUUCAACGUGUGUUCAAUAGUUUUGUAUUUUUUUUAGGGUUAAUACCUUAGUUUGGCCUGAACUAUACACAUACUUUCUACUUUGGCAUGUGGUAUUGGAAAUUGCUAUUCUGGCCUAAACUAUGUAGCAAACUUUCUCAUUUGGCCUGGAGGCGGGUUUGACCGUCAAAUUAGAUGGUCAAACCUGUUGACCGUUAGUCAAUGUCCACCUCAUGUGCCACGUCAGCUUUGAGGACAUAAAAAAUUAUUAUUUUUUAUUUCUGAAUUAUGUUUUCUUUCGAUUAAUAAGAAUAAUAAAUCAAAAAAAUUAUUAAAAACAAAAAAGGCCAAUUUUUAGCAAAUCACAAGAAAAAAAAAUUCAGAAAUAAAAAAAAACAUAUUUUUUUAUGUCCUCAAAGCUGACGUGGCAGGUGAGGUGGACAUUGACUAACGGUCAACAAGUUUGACCGUCUAAUUUAACGGUCAAACCCGCCUCCAGGCCAAAUGAGGAAGUUUGCUACAUAAUUCAGGCCAGAAUAGCAAUUUCCAAUACGACGAGCCAAAGUAGAAAGUAUGUGUAUAGUUCGGGCCAAACUAAGGUAUUAACCUUUUUUUAUUAUAACCAGUGGAGCAGCUAGCAAUGACCAUCGAACCUUUGUUGUUGUGUUGUUGCAUCCACAAAUCCAUUGAAAUCAUCACUCGACUCAUCCUCAAACCUUUCUACUAUAGUACUCAUGGGCCUGAUGAAAAGGAAUGCAAGCAGUAGAGAUUUGUAAGUUUGAGCUAGUAUGAGUAUCACCUUUCUUUUGAGCUAUAUAUACAGUUAUACACAGAAGAAACAUCCAUCGAUCGAUCUACGUUUUAUCUGAUGAACAAAAGGGUUUUUUGCCUUUGUCUGCUGUGCAAAAAAAACACUGCAAGAAGCUAGCCAUAAUAAUGACACACUCUCUCCCUAUGUUCAUAGUUGUUUUUUUCAGGUAGUACUAUACUAUAGCUAGAGCUAAUAAGUCUUCGUUUUGUGCACAAUAAUCAUCAUCACCACCUGGUCAGGUGAUUUAUAGGGCCACAAUGCGACACUAUAUAUAGUUUCAUAGACUACAACAAAGCAGCUGCUGCUAUCAAUAAUGGCUUAUAAUUAUCUAUCAUCAUUAUCAUCCAUCAAUUCCCGCAUCAGAUGGGGAGAAUAUGGAUUGUUGUUGGUAAAUAUACGGCCAUAAUAUAGUAGCAAACUAUACAGUUUUGCGUUGUGGGAAAUGGGGGCAAUCAAUUGGUUCAGACAUUGUUUCAUCAGUACAAUUGUAAGGGUUUCCCCAAACAGUGUGCCUAAGAUAUAUAUAGAACUAGGACGGGUCCUCCUUUUCCUUUGCAUAGUGAAAAUUGAGAUAUGAUUGAUGAUGAUGAUUGAUGAUCUCUGCUCGAUAUGGCUAGCUAGCUAUAUAGCCCACAAUUUUUGAUGAAUUUGACUAGGGGCAACCGCAGCGCGAGAGGGACGUGAUCAACGUAACCAUGUGUGUGUUUAUGACGUUAGGGUUACUCGCGAGCUCGUGUAUAUUCGAUUUAUGCACUAAAUGGAUGCUUCUUUCUUUGUGUGAAAAAAAAACGUGUUGAUGACAAUCUAAAGUAAUCGCGUUGAUUAACACGAUAUCGUAAUUUCAUUUUGACUAGGGAGAGGCCUGCAGGGAGCUAUAGGUGUCACAUGCAUGCAACCCUAGCUAGCUGGAAAUUACUUAAAAGGUGGCACCACGAAUACGAUCAGAUGCGAGAAAUUAAAGCAGGUCACAAUCUCAUCGCGAAUUAUUCUCGAUCACUUGGUACCGUUAAAUCGCAGCCUUCGUUAAUUAACGUUGAGCAUAAAGUUAAACAAAGACGGAUCAGUCUCGAAACAGAUUGAAAUUCGCAUCUCAUUAUAAGUAGGGUUAAACAAUAUGGCUCGGUAAUGAACAGGAAAUAAUGGAUUAAGUUGAGGCAAUAAUAUUGUUAACAAUUAAAAUGGAAAUAAUAGAUCUUUGUGGAUGGGUUGGAUUGAUUCCCUUGACAAGUAAUGCCGGUGUUCCAGAAACCAUGUGGAUACAGAGGAGAUCUUACAGGGAAGGCUCAUCAUGAUUGACAUGCUCUUCAUCAUGAUCUGAGACCACCAACCCUAAUUUAUUACAAUCUAAUUUCUAAAAUUAACUUAAAAUAUUUUGAUUAGCUAGUGAUUAACCAUGAAAUAUAUAUAUAUUAAUUAGUUUUCAAUAAUUGAUAUCAGAUCUUAAUGCAACAUAGUGUUACUUCACAAAUUGAAUUUGCUUGUCUAGCUAUUGGCCAGCUAAAACCAAAAUUAGGGAGAGAUGAAGAAUGAUAAUUUCGUUUUUCUUCUUCUUCUUCAUAUAUAGAUACUAAUCAAAUCACAGGAAUAGCUUGAUAUAAGUCAUAGCAGUCGAUUAAUGGAUGACCUACCAAGGGCAAGAGUCUUUUUUAAUUAAGCCAUAGACAACUCUUUUCUAUCUUUGGUGGAUGAAUUAAUUGGGAGGACUAUAGAUAGUAAUCUGUAUAUUCCAUUUUUUCUUUCAAUUGUAGGAUGAAACAAAAGGAAGCUACAAGGGAAUUAUACAAAAUUGAACUAGCUCAUCCAUGUAUGUAUGUAUGUAUCAAAGUAUGUAGCAAUAGGUAGCUUAAAGAGGCAAUACGUAACCAAAUUAUACUAUAAUCCUCAUUUAGCUGAUUAUCUGCGUCCAAAUUAAUUAUCUUACAGGUAGAGAUGACAGUUUUAAAAUCAAUGAAACUCAUUUAUUUAAUAUAAAUUCAACGGAUUGCUUGAUUUGAGGAUUGAAUUAACAUAUUAUUGGAUAUAGUUUAGCAUAUACUGUUUAUAUUUUAUAAUUUGAUAACUAAAUUCAAAUUAUGUGAUAAAUUUAUUCAGAAAUUAUCUUUUGGUACCUAAAACUUAAACACCUAAAUUUUUUUAAAAAAUUCAUAAUGAAUUCAGGAACCCAAUCUAUAAAUUCACCAAUAAUCUAGCAAUUCAUGAAUCAGUUUACCGCCUCGACUUUCCAAUAAUUAGAUAGGUGUUGUAGAGAUGGAUAUACAUAUGGUGUCUUCUACAGUACCUCGGGUAAAAUUCGGGGUUCUGCAUACCUUGAAUAUGCAAACGCUAUCUAGACCUCGAAUUAGCAGGAUUUUUGGGCAUGAUACUAUAUCAUAACCUUUAAUGAGUGAACCCUAGAUUCUAAUUAUCUAAAUCAUAAACUUUAAACCCUAAGAUGAUGCAUUGAUUAUUUUGCCUAUAUUUGGACGAAUCAUAACCGUCGAUUAUUGUUUCUAAUUAAAUUGAUCUUGGGGGUAUAAGAUUUAGAGAAUAAGACGUAGACUUUGAUCUUUAAGGGUUAGAGUAUGGUACCAUGUCCGAAAGAUCAGUCAAUUCAAGUUCUGGAUAGCGUUUCUUACAUAAGGUAUGCGGUACCCCGAAUUUCACUCUAAGUACUGAAGAACUCCCCAUAUAUAUAUAUGCACUCUAUACAUCUCGAUUCAAAUCGAUGCUCCAACCAAAGCUAGCAAUGGUAUAGUUAGGUUAGAAAUUAGAAGGGGCUGUAACCCUCCUCAAUUUCUAAAUAUAGGUAAAAGAGAAAAUGAAUACUUUGCACAAAUUUUGGAAAUUAGAACAGUCGAUAAGACUUUAGCUUUCCACAAAUUACGACAAUUCAAGUCAGCCACCCCAUGUUCAGAUUUCUUACUUUCGCCACUCAAAACCAGCAGAGAGUAGCUUGAUAGAUAUCCUAGAGCUUGGCUUUGUGAUUGCUUGGGGUCUGGGGAAGUAUAUAUAUAUAUCGAAGAAACGGGGAGAGAAUCGGUGGGUGGCCGGCGGCAUAAUUUUAUUGUUAAGUUGCGAAGGGAGAUGAGAGAAACGAUAUAUCCGGCCGAUUGUGGCAUAUAUCAAGCCAAACAUUUCAUACGUUAGCUACGCAUUAAGAUUCUUCUUCUUCUUCUCCUCUAAUUUCUUCUCCGGCCGCCCUCGUUAGUGAAAUGAUGAAAUGCAUAUGCAUGCACCCGUCAUUAUCAUUUAUAAUUAUUAUCAUUAACGCUAUUAAUUAUUCGUUACCCAAUAAUUGAUUCAUGUAUACGUAUGUUAUUCCACUAGUUUCCAUGAUUUUUCCUUUACAACAUUAUUUUGCACUAUCACUUUCUCUUGGUUGACUCUUUGGUUACAUAGUAGCCUCGAUUCCAAACUCAUGAAGGCAGCCGCUACAAGUCAUUGUUGCUUCCCUUUUUACUUUGGUAAGACAAAUGGGAAAAGGUCGUCCUAGGUGGCUUGAAGAAGGAGGCGAACGACGUCGUUUGUUGUAUCUCUGAUUGGGCUACGGCCCAAUAAUAAGUGAUAUAUUAGGGUAGGGAUUUAGGGUGGAUUGACAGUAGCGAAUAGCGAUGGCAAUUUCAACCCGCCCUGUGGGUAUUACCCGAUCUAAUCCGCGAUGGGGCGGGUAUUACACGAUCCGCAGUAGCGUGGGGCGGGGCAUGGGUAUCUACUUCUAACCCACCCUGCCCCGUUCUAGAUUCAUUUAUCUCAAUUUCUUACAAUAUCUACACAUAUUUAUCCUAUUUUGACUUUUCUUCAACUAGUUAGAGUCGAUCUUUCAGUUUGUUAGGCUCAAUUAUCCAUUCCAUUAUCAAUAUUUUUCAUUCUUAAAGUGUUUUUCCCUACGUUUUAUUGUAAAAAGUAAAAUUUACUUGUAUUUUUUUGAACAACAUGUAAGAGUGGGUCGACCCGCCCGCCCGUAUCCGCGCGGGUUUUACCCGCCCCGACCCGUAAUAGCGUGUGGCGGGGCAUGGGAAUUGAGGUACCCGCCCCAUUGCCAUCACUAAUUGACGGACAGUGCCAGAAAAGUUACUUUCAGUCACCCACCCUCCAGCUUUAGUUAGUUCCUCUGUUUGUUCUUUGUUAAGUUCGUUGCAUAUGGGGAAUCUCUACGUUGAAAAAAAAAAUGUGUACAUAGAAAUUUGUUUAGAAAGGGAUUAAGCGUGCGGGAGCGUCUCUCUAAUUGUUAUUUCUAGCAAGAAUAUCUAACGUAACUAACUGAUUGCUGACUUAGUUGAUUAAAAAUCAUCAAUAUAGUACUACUGUUAGGCAUAACAAGAAGAAACUACUUCUAGUGGUUAUUAACAUAUAACUAACUAACUAACUGAAAAGAGCCAAGUGUCAAGUGUCUCGGCAUCUCCAUUUGGCUCUUGGAGACAUGAAAGCUCGUCGUCCCAUUUACUUUAACACAUUUAGGUAGCCACCUCUUCGAGCCGUAAGCAUAUCGACGAUCUUUGUGAUGUGACGGUUGAUUGUCUCGCGUUCUCUGAUUAUUAAGAGUUGAGGAGUUUAUAUUUUUGUACCUCCAAAUUAGUAAACGUUAGAGCGUAUACAAUGAGAGGUCUAUCGCCAACGCUAUAGCACGAACCGAAGGUCUUGUAAUAAAAACAAAAUGGUGUAUUAAAAAACAUGAUAUGUGAUGAGAAAGGGGAACCCAGACUCAUACGAAUCCACCGCCAAGUAAUCAUCCUGUGAUGAUACACUGUGAUGGGUCGUUCAUUAGCGACUCCCAGCCGGCGGCAUAUGGUGUUGUGGUUGUUAACCACCAUGGACAAGUGUGUGAUGGGAGAGCGGAGAAUCUUCUUUGUUCCACACCGAUUGAAGCAGAAACGAAGGCCCUUCUGGAAGGAGUGAAAUUAGCUCAAGAAUAUGGCACCGAAUGCACGAUACAGUCCGACUGUCAGGUUCUGGUGAAAGCCCUGAAGCUCAAUCAAUCAAGAUGGCCAUGGAGAUGUACAUCAUGGAUAGGAUCGAUUGUUUCAAUCUUGAGGACAAACCCUCUUAUUCAAGUCAAGGAUGUUCCGAGGGCACUCAAUGUCAGAGCCGAUUGGGUUGCAAGAUCAAAAGCACGAGCUUCAUUCCCUGAUGAUUGGAUUAAUAUUCUUGAUCUCAUUUCUGAUCUUCUCUAAGAAUGUAAUCGAAUUUGCGCUUCUUUCGUUUGUUGGAAUAAGAGUUGUUAAUCAUUGUAAAAAAAAAAAAAAUUGAUGAGAAAGGGUAGGGUGGGGUGGGGUGGGGGUAGGUAAUUGGGCCGGGGCCCAGGGGAAGUGGGAUUCUGGGCCUGGGGCAGGGAGGGUAGGGGUUAGACAGACAGUGACAAGAAAAGGUAAAACAGGCC